AUUCUCACGUUUGAAUGCGACUUCUCACUUUUUGCGACGGUUGGGCAACCCUACAUAACGAACAGCUGCCAGCUGGUCGUCUCGCGACGACAAAUAUUAAGCAGAGAACAUAUUUUCGGAAGUCAACGUCACAGCUCGUAUCAGUACUCGCCGCAGCGCAGUUAACGCCAACGCGUAUGGCGGAAGCAGCGACAGCAGCAGUAUAACAGUAACAACAAAGACGGCGGCGCUUAUUUUGAGUCCCGAGCGAACAACAAUCAUACUGAAGGCCCAACAUUCAGACUGAGAUUUUAUUCGAAAGCCAACCGUGGCACACAUACAAUCACAAUAACGCACCCAAAUGUCAAAUCAAAAAUGUGCUGAUAUUUGCUGCUAGCGUUUGGAAACUGUUUCUCUGUGACGCACAGACCGUCGCCGCCAACCGCCCAUCAUCAUAAUCAACAUAAAAACAACAAGAAACAAAGGAGAUCGUAAAAAUGUCUUUUUCCGACUUCGAUGCCAUCUACGAGGAUGAGCAGCUGGAUGAUUUGGAGCAUUUUCAGGACCAGACUGUGAUGCCAGUGCCCGAGCCCAUUAUCAUACGAGGCGCGGGCAAUAUGACGGUCUUUGGUCUCAGCAAUCGCUUUAAUGUCGAAUUCCCCUGCGGUUUGCUGUCACGUGUGGCGCCCGAGGAAUUCAAAGCGACCAUCGGUCGCAUCAAUGGCAUAUUGAAGAAGACCCUGCCCCUGAAUGUCAAGUGGCUCUUUUGCGGCUGCGUCUGUUGCUGCUGUACCCUGGGCUGCUCGCUCUGGCCGGUCAUAUGUCUGAGCAAACGCACACAAUUGACACUGGAUAAGCUGCUCGAGUGGGAGAAUAGUCAUUUAUAUCAUAAGCUAGGCCUACACUGGCGUUUACAUAAGCAACAAUGUGAUUCCAAUUCCAUGAUGGAGUAUGUUAUAUUAAUUGAAUUUAUACCCAAGACGCCCAUCUAUCGGCCUGACUAGAUUGGAUGGGUAUGCAGUGUGGAUCGUUGCAGUCGUUGGGGCAAUUAUAUGGGAGGGGGAAUUUUGGGGGAGCCUAUAAUCGUAAUUGUAAUAUACAAAAGGAACAACAAAAAAAAAAAAAACAACUAGUAACUAAUAAUUAAUAAUUAUGCUUUAGGCGUUUACUCUUGUGCAACAACUAAACAGAACUAGUUUAGUGAAACAUACACACACGUGUUAAGCUAGUGCUAGUUAUAUUUAGUAUUUAGCUUAAAAAAAUUUUUGAAGGAAUAUAUAGCUAAUAAGAACAAUUGAUUUCACGCUAGUUUAGGGCGUUUUCCUUUUUUGUUUAAUUCUUAAAUUUUAAUAUUGUUUCGAAUACUGCAAUACUAAAUACAAUUCUUGUUAAGAACAUUUGAAAUUGAUUCUUGAGCUUUUAUUGCAUUGAGGUAUGCGAAAUUUGGAAAUGGAAGCUGAAGCUUUGUUUUUUAAUUUAAAUACUGUGAACCAUGCUCAUUAAGAUUUCGAUAUCUCAUAUAUUUACUUUACAUAAUUAACUCAUAUUCUU